UUCAUUGGUCAACCAUUCAAAUGCUGAUUAUUGAUUGGUUAAUGUUGUGCCGUGUAGUUUGAAACUGCACAAAUGUCAUAACAGAACAUUUACAGUGGACGGCUUUUAAUUUUAAAAAUAUACUGGUUUCAGGUUUUACAUUGUAUUUGCCAGAUGACUGACAGAAAGAGGUGAAAGAUGUCAGGCGUUAGCAUUGUUAGUGAAGGUGGUUUGGAUGAUGAUGGUGUCGCUUUUGAGUUUUCAAUGUUAGAUCAAGGUGUCUCAUACCCAGCAGACAUGGCGGGCUUGCCAACCUCCACACCAAAUCUUGCAAAACUGAAACGACGCAGUAGAAAGUCCUGGUUUGACACUCCAAAUCAAAUCAAAUACGAAAUAGCAGUUGAAAGUCCACAUGCAACGAAACCAGUGAGACGCAAGAGUGAAAAUAUGGAGGUCUUGACAUUAACACACUUCACAGCACCUCCAAGGCUGGGCUUUGGAACAAUGAAAUUGGGACAAGAAAAAAUGUGCAUCCUCAUGCUUAGAAAUCCACAUGACUAUGAGCAGCAUGUUAGAGUUGAGAAAGUCCCCGAGAAGAAACAUUUUACUGUAAAUUGUCGAGAAAUGGUCGUUGGACCGGAGGAAUCUUUUCCACUGGAAAUUACAUGGUCCCCGAAGGAAGCAGGUGGUGUGCGAGAAAUGGUUCUUCUUCAUAUUGACAGCAGCUAUAGAUUGCAGGCAUAUGUGUUUGGUACAGUCACUGAACCACCCAAGAAGAAGAAGACAAAACGUGUUGGUUUACUUGCAUCUAAGGUUGCCAAGCCAUUCUCUGUAAUUCACACAGCAAGCUUGGCAAAUAUUGAUAAGCAGUACAGUCCAGAGAAGCAGACAACAAAACCAGCAUACCGCCCAGGGAAAAUGGCAACAAAAGCACCAACUGCAAGGAAUCAUGCAGUCAACAGCAAAACAAUGAAAGUCAAAGGCGUUUCUUGUGAGCCCAUAAUACAAAAUGUAAUUGUACAGAAAGAGAUUGAAAAGAUGGUGAAAAGACAGUCAACAGAAAAGUUGACUAAUUCCUUUGUUUCAAAAGAAGCUGCAAUUCCUCGCAAGAAGAUGAGAAGAUCGAACACUUAUUCAAAUGUUUCUGGUAUUGGUCUUGUUGUGCCCAUCAUACACAAUGAGGAGGUUACUGGUCACAGGGACACAAGUCUUCUGAAAGUUGGCGAAUGUGAUAUUAGUGGCCUGAAUGUUUUGGAAACAUCUGAUAAUAAUGUCAAUGUACUUCCAAGUUUUAUGAAAGUGAAGCAGGAAGUGGAUUCAGAACCAAGUUUUAUGAAGAAUUUUAAGUCUAGAGAUGGGCCAAAAUCAAAUGUUAUACAAAACAGUCAGCCUAGCUUUCUUGAUGAUGAUGGAUGUUCAAAUAAUCUGGAACCCAGUUUUCUGAUGCCUUGUCCUAAAACACUGAAACAUGUAAAAUUGGAAGACAGUUUUCAGGAUAGCUUAGAUAUCAAAGAAGAUCAGGAGAAUGUAAAACCAGAAGAACCAAGCUUCCUCCAGUCAAAAGACAAACUUAAAUCAUUGAGAAGAAGUGGAAGGCUGGAUAAGCAUUCAGAAUUGAAUGUUCUUCGUAGCAUCAAGAAAAAUCAAAGGGAAGGAGGAACAAAUAAAAAACGUCGCUCAUCAGAUGGGAAUUCUGUUCUCAAGCAGUUAAAGAACUUGAAGACUUUCAUUCAUGAAAAAAGUUUGGAAAUUGAAGAAAAUUGUGCUAACCUUAGUUUAGAAAGAUCAGAAACAUUUGCUACACAGACAAAGUCACCAAGAUUCUCAAUGGUUGCUACUGGUGACAUUCGUAGAGGAACAUUUGUAACAGAUCCAGCAAAGAUAAAGUUAUUAGAAGAUCAAAAACCAUCGCAAGCUAGUCCCAGAAGAACCACAUUCACAGUUCUGAAAACAGUUGAACAAAAUGUGAAAAGAACAGCAAGUACAAUUCACACUGGAACAUUAAAUGAAGAAGAAGACGAAGUUAUUUCCAACAUAGGUGCUAUUGAACGAGCUUUAAAAGCUAACAAGAAUAAUAUUGUUCAUGACGAACAAAACAAGGAGCCUAAACUUGAGAGAAUGUAUUCUGCAGAUAGCUUAGACAAUAAUUCUCUAGAAGAGAAGUUUGGUUCCGCACAAAACAAAGAGCCUAAACUUGAGAGAAUGUAUUCUGCAGAUAGCUUAGACAAUAAUUCUCUAGAAGAGAAGUUUGGUUCCGCAACAGAAAUUGUGACAGAGCCAACGGAGAACUAUUCACGUCGUGCCACACUUACUGUGACAAAGUCACAUCCAUCAGAAGCAUUGAUUCAGCAUCAUGCACAGAAAUCUGGUGCAGUGACAUCUCUUUUCAGGACAGCAAAGAAAAAUCCAAUUGAAUGCAUUCAAGAAGAAGAUGCAAGCCAGAGUCAACAUUCUGCACAAAAUAGCACAUUUGAAGUAUCGGCAGAGGAAAGUGUGUUGCUGAAAGAUGCUGAUUUCCAGCCAACUCCAGUUCACCUGCCUACCAGUCCACUGCUGAACCUUUCAAGAAGGUCAACACAUGUUGUUCUUAAGCCCCAAGUGGUUAAUAUUACUGGGAACAGUGGCAUACAGGUUAUAAAGGAUGCUAAAAAUGUUAAUUCAGACCAUUCAAUUAUAAAUGCAAGGAUGCAGUCAGAAUCAGCUAAAACUUGCACUGAAAUAAUACCAUAUAUAGUCCCAGAGAUCACGGAAGACAUUGAUGUAUUUUCUCCUCCAAGUGCCAAUACUAGACGAAGAACACUUUCUGCUAGAAGGUCUUUGGGUAAGAAAAUUGAACAUGAUGUCAGUCAAGAUUCCAUUGCAUGUGAAAAUGCCAGCAACGUUAAUAAACCUUAUUGUCCUGAAGGUGAUGUGCUGAGUCUGUUUUUUAUUCCUGUGGACAAAGACAAUGUUGAUGAGCAAGUGAAGAAAAGAGUCCAUAAAGCUGAACCCAAGCAAUUUCUGAAAAAACGUAGCAACCCCUGUACACAGGAGGUAGACCAGAGGACAAAACGAGUUUGUAAUGAUAAAACGACUGUAGCAGACACCAAGAGCAACAUGGCAACUACAGUCAUACAAAGAAAACCUGGCUCCACAUCCAGUCAGGAUGCUCGCCAGCCAGUGAAGCCAAAAACCAGUAUAAUGAAGGGGCUUGCUCAGUCCAAACUGAUACUCACCAAGAAGUCAAAAUCAGUUAUUCCAAAGCAUCCACUAGCCUUUGCAGCUAAGAACAUGUACUAUGAUGAGAGAUGGAUAGAGAAGCAGGAGAGGGGUUUUGUCAACUGGCUAAACUUCAUACUGACUCCAGCAGAUGAAAAUAAGGGAAGCGAUGUCAAAGUGAAAGUUGAUGCGGGAAAGCUUGCCAUUGAUGUUGAAAAAGGACGUGGACAGUUAGCCCCAACAAAUGAAAUCCUUUCGUUUCGAACCUACGCGGCCCAUCGGAAGCUGAACCGUCUGCGGAAGUGUGCGUGCAAACUUUUCCAGAGCGAUGCUGUCCGCCAUGUGAUCCACAAACUUGAGCGCGAGGUGGAGAGUGGAAGGCUUCUGGUUAGGAAGGACAAGAUGCUGCAUGCAGACCUGGGAGCCAAGCAAAGGGUCCUUGAUAUGCUACUCUCCUACAAUCCUCUGUGGCUUAGAAUUGGGCUGGAGACAAUCUAUGGAGAAGUGGUCAUGCUACAGAGCAACACAGACGUCUACGGCCUAUCCCGGUUCGUUAUCACCAGGCUGCUGUCUAGCCCUGACAUUGCCCAGGCCUAUGCACAUCCCACAGUGCCACAUCUCUACAGAGAUGGUUAUGGUGAGGCAAGUGCCCAGCACACACUAAAGAAGUUCCUCAUGCUGGUGUACUUUCUGGAUCAGGCCAAACAGCAACGGCUCAUUGACCACAACCCUUGCCUAUUCUGUAAAAACUCGGAAUUCAAGGCUAGCAAAGACUUGUUGCUCCAAAUCUCUCGAGAUUUCCUUUCUGGUGAGGGUGACAUCACACGUCACCUGGGUUACCUUGGCUACAAAGUGACCUACACUCAGACAGCCCUGGAUGAGUUUGAUUUUGCGGUGAAAAAGUUGGCUGUAGAUCUGAGAGAUGGUGUUAGACUUACGCGUGUGAUGGAGAUGCUGUGUGAUCGGAGGGAUCUCAGCGCCAGUCUACGUAUGCCAGCAAUCAGUAAACUGCAGAAGGUCCAUAACAUGAAACUGGUGUUCAAGGUGCUAACAGACCAGCAGGUGGACACGGGCAAGGCCAGUCCCGGUGACAUUGUGGAGGGUCAUCGUGAGCACACCCUGCAGCUUCUGUGGCACAUGAUCCUGCACUUCCAGGUCACCUUGCUGGUCAACAUGGACCAGCUCAGGGAGGAAGUGAGGCUCCUUGAACGCAGCCUGCACAUCAAACACAGGCUCAUUGCCUUGGCUGCUCUCAAGCCAUUCGAAAAAGAAAUUCGUCGUGAUUCGAUCAUUGGAGACCUUCAUACACAGGACAACAGAUUGAACCUGUUACUGCAGUGGUGUAGGGCUGUCUGCGCUCACUUUGACAUCAAGGUAGAGAACUUCACUGUGUCUUUCUCUGAUGGUCGUGCCCUGUGCCACAUUGUGCACUUCUACCACCCUGGCCUGCUGCCCCUGGGCUCCAUUGCCCAGCAGACCACAGUGUCCCAUCUGGAAGAGCUGGAGAGGAGGGGAUCCCAGGACUGCAGCCUCAAUGACAGCACCAGCAGCGCUGCUGUGUUUGGAGAAAUGCAAGAUCCUGAAGUCUUUGAAAAACUGAUUAACAACGACAAAGAAAACUUCAAAUUGCUUUCAGAAAAAGUGAAGGAGCUGGGAGGUGUGCCUAUGAUGUUGCACUGGUCAGACAUGUCCAACACGAUCCCAGACGAGAAGGUGGUUGUGACUUACCUACUCUACCUGUGUGCCCGCCUGCUGGACAUCCGCCAUGAGUCUCGUGCCGCAAGGCUCAUACAGCAUGCCUGGAGGGCUUACCAAAUGAGGAAACGUGAACUCGAACUUAAGGAGAAGACUAAUGCAGUGAUGGUUAUGCAGCGUGCAGUGCGAGCAUUUUUAAAAUCUCGCCGCCAGGCAAGACAGAAUGCAGCUGCUUUGAGCAUACAGAAGGUUUGGAGGGGUUACAAGGACAGAAAACUGGCCAAACAGCUGCGAAUGGAACUGGCCAUGCAGGAACAAAUCUCAGCUGUAAAACUUCUUCAGGUGGCAAUCAAACGGUACUUGUUCAGGCGUCAGUUCCUGCAGAUGAAAGCCUCCAUAAUAAAUGUACAGGCUUGUUGUAGAGGUUAUCUGUACAGAAAAGCGAAAUGUGAAUCAGCGACAACCAUUCAGCGCGUAUAUCGUGGCUACAAGGCUCGCAAAGAGCUUUCUUGGAAAACAGCUGCAGUUGCCAAAAUACAGGCCUUUUUCAGGGGCUUCCUGGUCCGCAAACAUUUGAAGAAGAGUUCUAAUGCUGCAAGAGUAAUUCAAUGCUGGUACAGGGCACAAACAGCCAUGAAAAAGGAUAAACUGACUUUUCAAUCUUUGAAGCAAUCCUCUAUUGCAGUGCAGAGGUUUUGGAGGGGUUUGGUCGAAACAAGAACGCUGAGAAAGGAGUUUCUUUCACUGCGAGCUGCUGUGCUAAAGAUUCAGGCUUCUGUUAGAGGCCAGAUUCAAAGAUCCAAAUAUCAGAGGAUGAAAGUAGCAGCCAUAGUGAUACAGAGUCAUGUUAGAAGCUGGAGAGUCCAGAAAGCCUACAGAGUUGUUCUAGCACACAGUCAUGCUGCAGCUAUGAUGAUACAGGCAGCUUUCAGGGGUCACAUGGUGAGGAAGCAGCUUCAAUCUCAACACAGGGCAGCCACUGUCAUCCAGGCGAGAUUCAAGGCCUUUGCAGAGAGGAAAAGGUUCCAGAAACUGGUUAAUGCAGUCUGCACUUGCCAACAGCUGUACAGGGCAAAAUGCAUUGGAACUGUUCAGAGACAAGAGUUUUUGCUACAGAAACAAGCUGCUGUUAAGAUCCAAUCACAUUUCAGGAAGUGGAAAUCCCAAAGGCAUUUUAAAGCAUGUAAACAGGCAGCAGUUCAACUGCAAGCCUGGUUCCGGUGCCAUAGAGCCCAACAUGCUUUCAAGAGAUGUAGAACAGCUGCCAUGGUGAUCCAAUUAUACUGGAGAGCAACCAUCUCUGGCAGGAGGCAGUUUGAUUUGUACCAGAAACAGAAGAAUGCUGCUAUCAAAAUACAGAGUGCUUACAGAGGCUCAGUGUGCAAAAGAAAAUAUUUAUCAAUGCACUCUGCAACUGUAACAAUUCAGGCCCAAUGUCGAGGUUACUUGUAUCGAAAGCAGAGACACAACGCAGCUCUCACUAUUCAGCGUAUCUACAGAGGACACAUAGUGAGAAAAGUUGCAAGACAGAGUCAAAUGGCUGCCAUGAAAGUUCAAGCAUAUUACAGGAUGUGUCUGGCUAGACAGAAGUUUAAUAUGUUAAGAAAGGCAGCUUCAAUCAUUCAGUCAAGAGUGAGAGCACAUGUAGCCAUGAGAGCUCAGCAACAGACUUACACAUCUCUAAAAAGGUCCUGCAUUGUUAUACAGAAGUUUUGGAGGGGUUUGGUAAAAACCAGAACGCUGAGAAAGGAGUUUCUUGCACAGCGGGCUGCUGUGCUAAAGAUUCAGGCUUCUGUUAGAGGCCAGAUUCAAAGAUCCAAAUAUCAGAGGAUGAAAGUAGCAGCCAUAGUGAUACAGAGUCAUGUUAGAAGCUGGAGAGUCCAGAAAGCCUACAGAGUUGUUCUAGCACACAGUCAUGCUGCAGCUAUGAUGAUACAGGCAGCUUUCAGGGGUCACAUGGUGAGGAAGCAGCUUCAAUCUGAACACAGGGCAGCCACUGUCAUCCAGGCGAGAUUCAAGGCCUUUGCAGAGAGAAACAGGUUUCAAAAACUCAAAGCAGCCACUGUGCUGUGCCAGCAAGUAUACAGAGCAAACCUGGCAGGCAAGCUACAAAGGAAAUCGUAUUUGAAAGUAUACUCUUCUGUCCUCUUUAUUCAAUCACAGUUCAGAAUGCUGAAGAGCAGAAAGCAGUUUGUCACAUGCAAGAAAGCUGCUGUGAAAAUACAGUCAAUGUUCAAAGGUCAGUUAGCGCGACAGAGGUACUUGCAAUAUCGCAAUGCAGCUCAUGUUCUGCAGAAACACUGGAGAGCAAGGGUGGCAUGUGCCAAACUGUCCUCUGCUUAUCAGUCCCAACGACUGGCUGCCAUCAGGAUACAAAGUGCUAUUCGCAGACUUUUUUGUAGGCAGAAGUACCUUAUGUUGAGAUCAGCAGCAGUGAAAAUUCAAGCCGUAUGUCGAGGCUGGCUGUUUAGAAAGAAGCGCUUGAAUGCUGCUGUAACUGUUCAACGUUUGUAUAGAGGUUACAUGGUAAGAAAAUGCUUUCAACAAAAAAAGAUUGCAGCCAGGAAGAUUCAGGCACACUUCAGAAGGUAUCAAGCUGUUCAGAAUUUUAAAGCUUGCAAAGUAGCAGCCAUCACAAUUCAGAGCAAAAUAAAAGCACAUUUGGCUAUGAAAAGGCAAAGAGAUCAGUAUGAAAAUAUGAAAAAAUCUUGCAUCAAUUUACAAAGAAGAUGGAGAGGUUAUCUUAUAACCAAAGAACUGAGGGGAAAGUUCCUACAGCAAAGGGCUGCUGCCGUACGAAUCCAAUCUUAUGCCAGGAAAAUGAUCCACAGGAGCCACUAUUUGAAGUUACGAUCAGCUGCCAUAGUUAUCCAGAGUUAUAUUCGAACAUGCCGCGUUAGAAGAGCCUACAAAGUAUUGUUAGAGCAUAGCCAUUCUGCAGCUACAGCUAUACAAGCAACAUUCAGAGGAUAUAAAGUCAGAAAACAGAAGUGCAUGGAAAAUAAUGCAGCAACAGUAAUUCAGACACUCUUCAGAAAGUGGUAUGCAAGAAAUGCUUAUCAGAACCUGAGAAAAGCAGUUAUUUUGUGCCAGGUACGCGUCAGAGCUAAGCAACACUCAAAAUUGCAAAGGAGAAAAUUUUUAUUAAUAAAGGCAGCAGCUGUUAUAAUUCAGGCAAAGUACAAAAUGAUUCAACAAAGGAAAAAAUAUCUCAAAGAAAGAAAAGCUGCCAUUACAAUCCAAGCUUGGUACAGGGGCCAUGUUGCCAGGAGCCAAUACCAAAUACAGCACAGUGCUGCUUGCAUCCUACAGAGACACUGGAGGGCAGAGCUCGCCUGUCGUGGGCAAGUGUUGCAGUACCACAGGCUUCGAGACGCUGUGAUGGCUCUGCAGGCCAGGCAUAGAGGCAACCUUGCUAGACAUCACACUGCUAGAAUCAGAGCUGCAAUAAAAAUCCAGGCCUUUAUUAGAAUGGUUCUUUUCAGAUCAGACUACCGGAAAAUCAGGUCUUCAGCUGUUAAGAUACAGGGCCAGAUUAGAAUGUACCGUGCUCGGCAGGUACUUGAAGGUUUGAGAGAGACAAGGCUGUGGGAGAGGGAGGUGUACCUAACCAGGGUUGCCGUGGUAAUCAAGGUGCACCUUGCUGCAGCUCGCAUCCAGCGCAGUUACAGAAAACACCGUGUGAUGACUCUUGCCAAGGAAAGGCUUCAUUGUAUCCUCAUUAUUCAGAACUGGAUGAGAAGUCAACUGGAACGUGUACGAUACCUGCGGACUGUAGAGCGAUUGAGAAAGCUGCAGGCCUGCGUUCGUUCAUGGAUUGCCAGGAGGGACUUUGCUGCGCGCUUGAUACAGAAGGCUGUCAAACGCUGGCUGGCAGAGGUUGGCAAUAUGAGAAAAAGGAAGGCAGCCAUAAAGUUACAGUCCAUGUGGCGAGGUCACUGUGUGCGGCGGGACUCUACCAGCAGGCAGGUGGCUCUGGUGCGAGCUCGUGUGCGGGUAGCCACGGCAGCGGCCACUGAGGAGAAGAAGCUGGCCAACCGCACCACUUCCGCCCUGGACUUCUUGCUACGAUACAAGCAUCUCUCACAGGUGCAGAAGGCUCUCAUGGACCUUGAUGUUGCCACACGGUUGUCAUGGAUGUGCUGUGAGAGGAUUGUGGCCACCAAUGCCAUCUCUGUGCUGUAUCGACUACUGCAGGGCUGCAACCGUAGUGUGGCUCACAUGGACCUUAUCAAGUACACCAUCAGCGUACUCCUCAACCUUGCAAAGUACGAGAAGACCCGUGGCAGAGUGUCUAGUGAGGAGGGAGGGCUGGGGGUGCUGGUGGAACUCAUGAGCAUCUACAGGGAGAAGGUGGCCAUCUUCACCAAGCUGUGUACCCUGUUGGGCAUCCUCAGUCUCGACAUGACGUGCAAGCAAGCUAUAAUGGAGGACAAGAAAUGUGUUGAAAAGUUGCGAAGCAUCCAGGCCUUAACGGCUCGUAAACACAAGUUGGAGGAGACGCAGAGGGUGACGAAAGCCCGCAUUAACUCAACACUCAACUCUACAUUAAUGAUCCGCUCUCCAGUUAAGAAACAAAAAAUCAAGCCUGACUGGUCUCUGCAAAAAGACAAAAUGCAAGAUUUUGACAGUCCGCUCAAAGCUAUAAACUUUGUGCUUGGAAAUCUUGGAAUUCAGACCAAAUGUUGAACUCUUUUACUAGAUUCGGAUUUAAAUAUGGCUUUGUUGUGAUUUGAGCGCUGCAAUUGAUGUCAUUAUGUCAAAUGGUAAAUUCUGUAUACAUGUAUGUAUAUGCUAUGUGAUUUACUUUGCACAGAAGGUUAUAUGUUUGAAAAUUUUAUGAACUCUGUACGGAAUGUUGGUUAUUCCCAAAUUGAUCUUGCAACCGCACACUUUACAUGGAUGUGUGUUGUCUGAUGUAUCUGUCUGUAUUUGUCAAUAUGAAUGUUUCUGUAAUUGUUACUUUGUUCUUCCACUCUUUUCACUUUUAUGUGUCAAGCUUUUACUUCUUGUACAUUCUCUUUGUAUGAAAUUCUUUUUAACAUAAUCAUGAUUUUAAAUUUAUAUGUGUAUCUUCCUUACCAUAAAUUCAGUUUUCUUUCUACUAUUAUUUGGAUCAUAUAAAGUCAUAACUGCUUACAUAUUCCAGUUUGAAAUAAACACUAUUGGAAUUGUUUAUGAUUAUUAAAAUAUGGAAUCUUAAAUUAUUGCAAUAAAUAAUCUGAAAAUCGUUA